AUGGUGUUUUUGCCUUCAAAGGAGUCAGGUCAACUGGCCCCAAUUCCUGACAGUAUCCCAAUCAGCGAGUUCAUGCUCAAUGAGAAAUAUGGACGAGUGCCACACGCCAGUUCCCGAGACCCAUACACCUGCGGCCUCACCGGGAAGUCAUACUCGUCACAAGAGGUGAUCAAUCACGUUGACUCGCUGGCUCGUAGUCUUUCAAAAGAACUUGGUUGGGCACCGAAUGAAGGGUCGGAAUGGGAUAAGACAAUGGCUGUGUUUGCCGUGAACACUAUUGAUUCCUUGCCCCUAUUCUGGGCCGUGCACAGACUGGGUGGUGUUCUCAGUCCCGCCAAUGCAUCAUACUCCGCCGCCGAGCUGACACAUCAGCUGCUUGAUUCCAAGGCCAAGGCCCUGGUUACUUGCGUUCCUCUUCUCUCCAUCUCACUAGAAGCUGCCGCCAAAGCCGGUCUCCCGAGGAGCAGAAUCUACCUACUCGAUGUACCCGAGCAGAUUCUUGGCGGCGCGAAGCUUCCAACAGAAUACAAGUCCGUUUCCAAGCUCAUCGAGGCUGGAAAGUCUCUUCCGCCAGUCGAUGAAUUGCGAUGGAGCGCUGGUGAGGGAGCCCGACGAACAGCAUUUUUGUGCUACUCGAGUGGAACAUCUGGAUUGCCGUGCGCUGCAAAACAGAAAGGAGUGAAGAUCUCACACCGCAACGUGAUCGCCAACACUCUUCAGAUCAAGGCAUUUGAGCAGGACUAUCGGGAUGGCGCGGGCACAAAGCCUGCGAAUACUGAGGUUGCUCUUGGUCUCCUUCCGCAGAGUCAUAUCUAUGCCCUUGUGGUCAUUGGCCAUGCUGGCGCAUACCGAGGCGACCAAACAAUCGUUCUCCCCAAGUUCGAGUUGAAAUCAUACCUGAACGCCAUUCAACACUAUAAGAUCACCACUCUCUUCCUGGUACCUCCAAUCAUUAUUCACAUGCUGGGAACUCAAGACGUGUGCUCCAAGUAUGACCUGAGCUCCGUGCGACUUUUGUUCACGGGAGCGGCACCCCUGGGCAUGGAGACAGCAACCGAUUUCCUCAAAUUCUACCCAGAUGUUUUGAUCCGCCAGGGAUACGGUCUGACUGAGACAUCCACGGUCAUAAGCUCGACCCACCCCAACGAUAUCUGGCUAGGUUCAUCCGGUGCCUUGCUCCCUGGAGUCGAGGCACGCAUUGUGACGCCCGAAAACGAGGAAAUCACAGCGUACGACACACCAGGCGAAUUGGUGGUCCGAAGCCCGAGUGUCGUCCUGGGCUACCUGAACAACGACAAAGCCACCGAAGAGACGUUCGUGGACGGAUGGAUGCGUACCGGAGAUGAGGCUGUUAUUCGUGUAAGCCCGAAUGGCUUCGAGCACGUGUUUAUUGUGGACCGUAUUAAGGAGUUGAUCAAGGUCAAGGGUCUGCAAGUCGCACCUGCCGAACUCGAAGCCCAUAUCCUCGCCCACCCCGAUGUCUCGGACUGUGCCGUUAUCGCGAUUCCCGAUGAUCGUGCAGGAGAAGUCCCCAAGGCCAUUGUUGUCAAGUCCUCCACGGCAGGGUCGGACGAAUCAGUCUCCCAAGCUCUCUUGAAGUAUGUUGAAGAGCACAAGGCUCGUCAUAAGUGGUUGAAGGGAGGUAUCAGAUUUGUGGAUGCAAUUCCCAAGAGCCCAAGUGGCAAGAUUCUUCGCCGAUUGAUCCGUGAUCAAGAGAAGGAGGCACGGAGAAAGGCAGGUAGCAAGAUCUAA